UGUGCGCGCAGACGCGCACACACGUGUCCGCCGAACGUGACCUAGCUUAAUCUAAGCUCGCGGUUCGGUUGGUAGCGCGCGCGCGCGACGACUUGUCAACUGUCAAACGUCAAACGUCAGAGCGCUAUGACGUGUUUACGCGGAGCUCCGUCAUCGCGCUGAUUUGUUUCUCCCUCGAUUCACGCUAGUUUUAUUCGCGUGAAUCUUUACUUUGGAGAAUCAUGGAAUGUCCGGGUGUACUUUGAUCGGUUUUUAUAUAAGAGAGAUAAGGCGCGAGUCUCGUGUCGAUUCCGCGAAACUAACCUCCUUUUUCCGAGUCCCCUUCACGGCGCAAGUCAUUCUGUUGUUUGUUGUGGCAUCGUGCGAGAAACGUCGUCGUCGUUAUCGAUGUUCUCUUUUGGAUUUCAGUGAGUUUAUCAAUGUUCGUCGAAUCGGCAUCCCCAAGUUGACAGUUCCCGAUUGACGUGAACAGCGUUAAACGGUGAUGGGCAAAGGUGAGGAGAGAAACGGCACGACAGCGCAGGCGGGAGAAUCGACCUUCCUGGCGAAGAGCUCGAACGAGGCGAGCAAGAUGCUGGAGGCCGCCUUGCUCCAGAUGGACGACAUUAUUUCUGGUGCUUGCGCGGAAAGCUCGGCCGAGAGUGGAAGCUCGGAGUGGAAAAACUCGGUGAAAGAUGCGGCGAGGAAUCUGGUGACCGCGAUAAAGAGUGCGCCGACUCCACCCCCGCCCCACGCCGCCACCGAGGAUAUCCUGUUGCAGUGGAUGCAACCGGCUUGCUUACUCGGCUAUGCUAAGAUGCUAGCGCUUCAAGGGAGUAUGCCUAAUAUCUGUGCAGUAUCCAGCGGUAUGCCUAAUAUUUGCCCGGCGUCAUCCACCAGUCAUCUGGGAAGUUUCUCGUCUCUUUGCGCGACGCCGUGUACAAGCAUAUCCAACGAGUUCGCGCAUCACGCCGUUAAGGAACACGUCGUUCAUUAUCCGCACAUCUGUCAUCUGCAGCAAGGGUCCGACAUGCGUAAAGAGCGUGGGAUACACGCGGGUAGUAGGACGAACAGCACGACGUCGCUGCCGGUAGACUCGAACCGUUCUCUAGGUAGAAGACGACGUAGAUUACGCAGUAGAGUGGAUCGCGAUCAGAGGGCCAUGUCUCACAGCGAUCUCAUCUGCCAUGAGAGAGAGAGGCUGCACUAUUGCUCACUGCAGCAGUUUCACUGCGGCAGCGACGUUUGCAUGAACAAUUACCAUGGUAAAACCGAGGAACGCCUAAGAAAACUGGAAAGCGAACGUGGAGCGCUGCAUAUGGAAGUGUCGGUUCUAUCCGAGCUCGACGCGCAAUCGAAUAAGAUUCAAGAGCUAGAGAGCAUGCUUCAGGACAAGAAAGAUACUCUAAGGCAGAUGGAAGAAGUUUUAAUCUAUCUCAAGGAAAUUCUAUCGAGAAGCUCGCUGGAGACGCAAAAGCGACUUCUCACCUCCUUGUCCGAAAUGAAGCUCAGACAAGCUAGUUUGGAGCACGAGAAUCUGGCACUGCGUAGCACAAGUCCCUUAUCAAAUGGUGAAAGAUUUUAGCAGACAACGGGUCAAUAUAGUAGUCUUCCUAGGCCACCAACAUCCAAUAAAGGUGUUGCAUUUGGUAAGGUUCCAAAUUUAGUCUCGGGAGCGCAUACGACGGUACUGGCUGUUAAGGGAGUCUCCGCGAGAUGCCUGUCCGCUCCUAUUCUAGGUUCCGAUCGAUCUUUAUCUAAGCAUCGUGUCACGUUUAGAUGUUUUUUACCGCCGAAACCACUCGUGGAACUUACUAUGGAGGAAAUCGGUGAUUGGUUGUCUCGUCGGUUGGAGUGCUACGCCGCUGAACUGAGACGAUGGGGUGCCACUGGACCAAAGUUGCUCGAUGCCACGCAAGUUCAAUUGGAAAAAGAGUUUGGUAAUAAAAACCUUGCCUAGAAGAAGCUUCUUUGCAUCGAAACGGAGCGAAGUAACGGUGCCGAAUUUCUCGGUUCUUACAAGAUGGACAACGCGGCCGUGUUACGAUGGCUGGACGACAUUGGCCUGCCGCAACACAAGGAUGCCUUUCAUCACGCAAAGUUGACGGUCAGAGUUCUACACAGAUUGACUACGGAGGAUUUACUGAAUCUCGGAGUGACUGCACAGUUUGCAUGCCGCCAGUUUGAGACGCGAAUUCAGGUCUUGCGAGACUUGAAUUUUGAAUUUGACAACUUGGAGAGAAGAUCCGCAAAUGGAAUGGCGGCCGACGGUAGCAACGUGACUCUGACGAAUCAUCGCGUGAUGGAAUGGUUGCGCGUCGUGGAUCUUGCAGAGUAUGCACCAAACAUGCGCGGCUCCGGCGUACACACGGCGGUCUGAUAAUCACGAGGUCGAUUCACCUCCGAGCUGCUCGCGACACUGCUCAGCAUUCCGCCAGCGAAAACUUUACUUCGUAGACACUUGACAACGCACUUUAAUCAGAUCCUGGGCAGAGAGGUGGUCCAGCAUAAGAGAGAAAUAGAAAGUACACUCGGAUUUGUUCCGCUGACGCUUACCGCUAGAUUAAAGGUACCAAAGAAAUCUCAAUUCACGCUGAAACGUAAAAAGAGUAAAAACGAGAUGGAUUUCGGCAAUUUAGUUUGCCCAUUGGAAGCAUCGCCACCAGGUACCCCAUCAACACCCUCGUCAACACCGAGCAGCCCUAACUUGAACUCACCCACAUUCUAACCACAAUUAAAGCUUCAUUCGAGUAAUCAUCUAAACUAACUUAUCUGGAGGAUACUGGGCAAAGAAAAAUUAUAGGUUGCAUAUGAAUGGCGGAUGGAAUUGUAAAGCGAUAUAUUUCGGCGUGAAAAGAAAUAAAAUAAGUGGAUAUUUAUCUAUUUAUAUAUCCAGACAAUUGAUAAAACAUAAUGAAACGUCGGAAUUAUCCGGGACCAGUUAUCCAUAUCGUGAAUUACCGUAGCUGUAUUUAAACGUAUACUUUGAUAAAAAGUUACAUAAACGAGAGAGCUAACUCCAACACCGCCAGUCUCAUUGAUGUGAAUUAAAAGAUUCAAUGAAAAUUAACCGCGCGUUUUAGAUAAUAAGUAUUUUUAUUACCAAUCAUUAAAUUAUAGAUAUAACGCAAAUUGGGAAUAAAACGCUGAAUUUGUAUUUACUCUCUA